AUGUGUAAAGCCGCUACGAUCCCGCGACGACUAGCCCGGGAGGCGGCAACUCCCGGAGCUGCUACGCUGGAUGCGAAGGGAGGUACCCGGCGCCACGGGCGCCGCGGCGCUCACCACCAGGCGGCCAACGUCCCGGGAGCCGUUGGGCAAAACCAAGGACGAGGCAUCCGAGGCGACACCCCUGCCACGCGGGGGCGCUUGUCGACCAAUCAGUAUGUUCGGAACACCGAUACCGGAAGUAGCCGAUUGAAGCCGGAUAUUCCUCUUAGAAAAAUUUCAGAGUAUGUCAAAAUUCAGAAAAUGAAUAUUUACCUCAAGAACCCUCCUCUUGUUGUCACAAAAUCACCUGUUCCACUCACUAAAGACUUCAGAUUAGACUAUCUUUCAGACCCAUUUCCUGAGCUCAGAUCUUACAAAGAAGAAAAAGUAAAAAUAAUACAGAGAGCUUGGCUUGGUUACACAAAUAGAGUGAUAUUUCGACUUCUAAGACACACAAUUUGUGCAGUGGAACAGUAUGUGACUUCUGAAAUACUCCACAAUGCAAGCCCCUCAGAAGCUGAACUUAUAAAAGAUCCUACCAUGAAGCAUAAAGUUAAAUUCAGAUUCAGUGGUGAAACAUUUCCACCUUACAUCGUAUUUAAAAUUUUUCUGCAUAGUGAUGGCCAUGGUUACAAGUAUUUUUGUGGAAGAAAUAUACUGAAGUCGUCAAUUAAGGCAAUAGCUGAUACUUACAGGCUUGUGGGGGAGAAAAAGCUUUACUGUCAAAUGAUGGAAGAUGAGCUUGUUCACCAGAAGUUUGAAAUAAGUGACGAAGUAGACGUUGUCACCACAAAAGAUUAUAUGCAGUAUUCCAAUCUUUUAGAUCAGAUUCCUGCAUCUCGUGGUGGCAAAAAUAACCCUUGGCGUAGACUAGAGCUCAAACACAUCCCCAAGUCAAUGAUGAUAUAUGACAUAAUUAAUUUCAUAGAAACUGGAACUCUUUCAAGUCGUCUCUUUAAACAAUUGAAAUUUUUGGUACAGAAACCACUGUCAGAAGAAAUGCAUCAGCGUCAGCUAGAAAUUAUUACCGAAGUGAGGGUGACUGAACCAACAGCUCUUAUACAACUGCCUGCAAAACAAGUAGCCGAUGAAAUUAAAUACAUGGUUUAUAAAUCUAAGCAUGCGCAAAAGGAAGCUAAAAAUGUGAAAAAACCUUGUAUGGCUCCUGUAAAGAAAAGUAUGAAAAUACAACUGGGAGAGAAACCAAGUUUGAAACAAAUCAUCCUUUUAGAUUCAUCGUUUGACCUUGUGAAAACUAAUGAAAUUACAACAGAUCCCAUAUAUACUAGUGAGGACUUUAAAAAGGAUAAAAAGGAAUUACUUGACUGGUGCGAAAAAUUGCUCAGUAGUAAAACUUUAAAUGCCACUAAACGAUUAAGGAAUCUUCAAUCAUAAGAAAACUCCACUGUUUUCUAAUCUAUUUGCAAAUGAACAUGCAUGUUAAGAACUAGAAAACUGUAAGGCA